AUGUCGUAUAUCAGCGCCGCCCCCUUUAUCCGCAAGCGGCCCUGGCUGCUCAAUGCGUUGAAGCCGCUUGCCAACUGGUACAUCAACCUGGCCGGAUACCGCCAGAUGGGCUUGAGAUCCGACGAUCUCAUCCCCGAGGAGAGCGCAGUGGUGCAGCAGGCCAUUGGCCGCCUGUCGGCGCAGGUCAAGUACGACCGCGUGUUCCGGAUGCGCCGCGCCACGCAGCUGAGCUUGCAGCACAAGCUGCUGCCUAAGGCACAAUGGACAAAGCCUGAGGAGGACACGCCGUACCUGCUACCGAUUAUCAAGCAGGUCGAGGCGGAGAUUAAGGAGCAGCAUGAGCUGGACUCGAUCGUGGUGAUCAAGAGCCAGUAA